GUUUACCAGGGAGGGGGUGAUAUUUUAAACCUGUGAGAGUUCACAUAUUUACCCCACUGAGCCUGACUGACCUUGCCAUUUGGUGGGGUGAAGAAGCUGGAGACCACUGAUAGAGAAGAGAAGAGGCAGCGAGAGAAACCCUUCAUUACUACUCGACAAGAAAGAGCGUUGAGUUUGUUUUUUCAGACAGAAAACAGCAGGAAGAGUACCAGAAGAAAGGGAGACUGAGUUGAGGAAAGGAGGCGACGGCACUUGAGGGAGGUGAACGGUAGCCAGGCUGAGCUGACUUCCCCCACCAGAGGAGGAGUUGCAGUUGCCGGCCAGGGCAGGUCCCAGGGCUGGCAGGGCUGGCCCUACUGCUUCUCCACCUCUGUUCUUUUCUCCUCAAUCACUCCUCCUUCUCCUCCCUUUAACGAUCAACUAAACUGCUGUGCAGUGAUGAACUUGCCGGAAGCGCUCAUGAGCAACAGAGGAAUGCUUAGAAAAAUCUUGCGAAAUGAACUUUUUUGCUGCAAGUGAGAAAGAUUCCUGAGGUUAAACCUCCCAUAAGAGGACCUCCUCUGCGUUACAGACUCUCACCCUUCUGUCUUCUCAUCCUUUCUUUUUUGUUGUUGCACUCACUGGUUGAGUGCACUGAGAGACUGAGGGGAUUUUUGUACUGUUUUUCUCUAGUUUUGCUUUUGUAAACCAGAAAAGUGGCAACUUUUUCAGUAGCACGGUGCAAGGACCAGCUCCACUCACCCAAGAUGAGCCGCUGGCUGAAAUGCACCUCCGUGCACUUUAACACAGACUGGAACAAGUAUGAUGAUCGGCUGAUGAAGGCAGUGGAGCGUGGUGAGGUGGACAAGGUGUCUGCUGUUCUCAACAAGAAGGGCAUCAUCCCCACUAAGCUUGACGUGGAAGGACGCUCUGCGUUUCAUUUGGCUGCAACACGAGGACACUUAGAAGUCCUCAAUCUCAUCCUGGGACACAAUGUUGAUGUGACUGCGAGUGACGCCGCUGGUAAAAGUGCUCUCCAUCUAGCUUCGAGAAAUGGACACUCUCUGUGUGUGCAGAAACUCCUGCAGCACAACUCUCCAGUUGGAAACGUGGACCUGCAAGGAAGAACGGCUCUACAUGAUGCUGUCAUGGCGGGCUGUGCCUCCAGCGUCAAACUUCUCUGUGACAGCGGGGCGGCUGUGAAUGCCACCGAUUUUGAUGGGAGGACACCUCUGAUUCUGGCAACCCAGAUGUGUCAUCCCCGUAUUUGUCAGCUGUUGCUGGAGCGAGGAGCUGACAUUACUGUCCGGGACAAACAAAACAAGACCGCGCUGAUCCUCGGCUGUGAGUUCGGCUGUAAGGAUGCAGUGGAGGUGCUGCUGAAGAGUGGCGCCGAUGUGAAGACUGUGGACGGCUUGGGUCACGACGCACAUCACUACGCUCGCUUCAACAAGGACCAGGAGCUCAUCGCGAUGGUCAAAAGUUACAUCGACAAAGCCAACAGAGAUAAAGAAGCCGCAAAGAUAGAACAGUGGAAGCGACAGCAUUCAGUGGAGAGAACAGAGGCAGCUGAGAUUAACAGAAAGGACCAGAUCAUACAUGAUCUGGAAAGGCAGAAUGAGACUCUGCAGGAAGGCCUCAGGAAGUACUACCAGGAGCAGAAAGCUCUCUUAGAUAAAGUCAACAUGCUCCAGCAACAGCUCACCCAGGAAAAAAUGGCCGCAGAAGGCUCUCAAAAAGAGAAGGAACAGUUGAAGAUGUUACUCAGCACCAAAGAAAAAGAUGAAGGCGCUCGAGGGCAGGAGACUGUCAAGGUCCAGCUCCGGAGUACUUUGGGGGAAUACUCUGGUCAGUCGGUUAUCAAAGGUAAAGAAAAUGUUUUUGUCAAAGGUCACAGCCUGGAUUCUGAUCAGAUGCUCAGAAAUCCUCCCCUCUCACGUUCAUUAUCCCGACCGCUGGAGAAGGGUCUUCCUGGUGAGCUGGAUGCGCUCCGAAAUGAACUUGAGGCAGUCAAGAAAAGACAGCAGGCAGCUGAGGAGGAGACGACACGGCUUCAGUCUGCACUGAGCCGUAAAACCAGAGAGUGCCAGGAACUACUUCAGAGCCGAGACACCAUCCAGAAACAGGCUGACCAGCAGGUUCAAGAGCUCGAGGACGCCUUGGGAGACGUCCAGAAACGGAUGCUGGACUCUGAGUGCAAGGUCAAACAGCUGCAAGCCCACGUAGUCGCUGUCAAAGAACAUUUAGGAGGCCAAGCGACAGAAGAACUGCGCACUCAGCUCCAGGACGUCAAGGCCAAGUAUGAAGGUGCUUCGGCCGAAGUGGGCCGCGUUCGCAACCGCCUCAAACAGAGUGAGAAGGCCUUGGAGGAGUACAAGAGCAGUGAGAGCCAACUAGCAGCUGAGACGGAGAGGCUGAACCAUGAUGUCCAAAAUCUGACUGCAGAGCGAGACGUACUGAGAGAAACACUUUUAGAAAUGGAAACCCAGCUGAAAGAGGCCCAGACUAAACAUGGCAACACCGUACCGGCUGAGAAGUUCGACAACAUGAAAAACCUGCUCACCAAUGCAGUUGACGAGAAGGAACGGCAGCUCGCCGAGCUGAGGGAAGACUACGAUCGGGUGCUGGAGGAGGUGGCGGAGCUCCAUCGAAAGCUAGACAGCCCCUCCUCACAGGGAGGGCCGAGGCCGUUGUCUGCUGAGGAGCAGCAGGUCUGGGCAGCACUGGAAGAUGAGAACGCUACCCUGAAAAAGACAUUGGUGGAGGUGACUGCAAAAAGCCAGGCUCUGAUUCAUGAGGUUGAGAAGAGUGAGGAUGAAAAAGACAUGCUACAAGAGCAGCUGGAUGAACUUAACAGCAGGAUUGAGGUGGACUUUAUACCGAUACAGAACCACGAGGAAGUUCGGAGGAACAUGGUAACGGCUCUGGAGGAUCUCGAGGACAAACUGGUGGAAGCCGGCGAACGUUGCGGAAGAGCAGAGGCACAAGUCCAACAGCUUCAGACCGAGAGGGGCGCGUUGCAGAAGAAUAUCAGCAGCCUCAGCAGCACGAGUGAGAAACAACAAAGUGAGAUGGACACUAUGAGGUGUCAGAAUGCCGACCUGAUAAAGAAAGUUGAGCUUUUGCAGAAGAGAUGUGAAGACAGAGAUAAAGAGUGUGUGCAGCUGACCACACAGAGUCAGACUCUCAAAGAGAGCUUGGAGGGACAGUAUGUUCCCAGACAGCAGCACGAGCAAGUGAAAAUGGAGUUAAGUUCCACCUUAGAGAGCGUUAAAGCUGAGAUGUUAAAGUUGGAGACAAGGGAAAAAGAAAGUGGGGAAGAGUUGAAGAAUGUGAAAGAAGGAAAUGAAAAGUUAAAAGAAAAGUUAGAAAAAGUUCUGCUGGAGAUGAAAAACGACUACAUCAGUGUAAAAGACCACAGAGCUAUCACAGACAAGCUGAAUGCUGCCGUGGUCGAGGCAGAGAAUAGAGCGAAUGAGGCGUCUGCAAUGCAUGCGUUGGCUCAGGAUGAAACUGUUAAGCUUACUCACGAACUGGAGGCUCAGAAGAAAGAGCUUGAUACCAUACAAGAGGCUAUUCAGUCUAAGUUUGUGCCUCUGACAACAGCUGAGGAGAAGGAAACCUCUUACAGCACCCAGGUUAAAGAGUUGACAGCAAAACUGUUGGAAAUGGAAGAGAAGUAUGACAAAGAAAAGACUGCCAGAGAGGGCAACAGACAGGAGGAAAAGAAACUGAAAGUUGAGGUGGAAUCUGUUCAGAGGAGACUAGAUGUCGCUCUGGUUUCCAGUGAAAAGCACAAAGAAAAUGAGGAGGAGUUCAAGGCUAAAUGUGAAGAACUGACCCAGAAGUUGGUCAACUUAGAGCAGCAGCUCGACGGGGUAACACUUCAGAAAGCUGAACUUCAAGAGCAAAAUGCCCUGUGCAAUGCUCAAAUUCAAAACCUACAGGAGCGUCUGAAGUCAGAGCUGGCACGCAUAUCGACAUACGACACCGAGCUCAAAGCCCUCAAUGAUGCCUUACAGCAAGCGCAGGCUGAUUGCAAGAAAGCAAGAGAGGCGCAGCAGGCGGAGGCCCAGAAGGUGUGCGCCUUUCAGAAAGAAGUGCAGGAACUCCACCGGGAGCAGGAGUCUCUGCUGCAGCAUGCCGAGGCCAAGGAAGCCCUGGAGGCUGAAGUGGCUAAGCUACACCUGGCUCUCCGCGAAGAGGAGGAAAACAACGCCCAGAGGGCGGAAGAUGUAUCUGCUCUGCAGUCAGAGCUCCUUCAGGCUACUCAGGCUCUCGAAGAGAUCCGCUGUAAGGAAGACCAAAUGAACGAGCUGAAGAAGGAGAAACAGCAGCUGGAGGAGGAGGCCGCCAGCCUGAAUAACAAGCUGCUGAGCUUGGUAGAAGAGCGUGAAAAGGUCCAUCAGGAGGCAACAAAAGCAAGAGAGGGCGAGAGCAGGGCGAGGACGGAGAUGGAGGCAGUCCAGGAGAAAGGGCGCGCCAUCGAAAGGGAGAUCAGAGAGCUGAAAGAGAGAUACGAUGAGUCCCUCACCACCAUCUGUGACCUGCAGAAGAGGAUUCAAACAUCAGCUGAGCAGACCGAAGCCAAAGACAAGAAGAUCACAGAGUUGCUUACAGACGUUGAGCGAUUAAAGCAGGCGCUGAAUAGUCUGUCCCAGCUGACAUACACAAGCAACACACCCAAGAGGCAGACGCAGCCCAUCGACACACUCCAAGCUCAGAUCAAGAGCCUACAGCAGCAGCUGGCUGAUGCUGAGAGGCAACACAGAGAGGUGGUUUCAAUUUAUCGAACACAUCUGCUCAGCGCAGCCCAGGGCCACAUGGACGAGGACGUCCAGGCCGCCUUGCUGCAGAUCAUCCGCAUGAGACAGGAGUUUGUGUGUUAAAGCUUCAAAACCCUGCUGCUACCUGCUGACUCAGAUUCACUGUUUUCAUAUCCCCUGCUGUAAAGUGUUCCUGCUGUGGCCCCUGUGGGCGCCCAGUGUGUGUCUGCUGACAGGCUGUUAGAAAACACAUUUUGCUGCAUUUAAAGUCUAAGAAGUCUCCAGGCUGUAGAUACAGACGAACACCAGCAGCGUUUUCUUUUAGAUACACAGAAAACAUAAACUCAGCAGUUAAAGCCAAAUGUAAUUAACUACCUGUAUGCAGAAACACUUUGCAGUUGCUGGUACACAGUAUGUAAAAACAAACUGUUUCAUACAUUAUUUUUCGCAUCUUUUCUAAUGAUGGUGAAGAUCUGUGGAUUUUAUGCAACUUUUACACAUUAUAUUCAGUGAUGUGAAGGUUAUUUGAAAAUGUGCAUCCCUUUCUUGGAUUACUCCUGAAACCCUCAGCUAACUGUAAACUGGACAAACAGACCACUUUUCACAUUCCCGCCUGACUGUCAGCGCUCGUGCAGAAUGCUUCCAUGUUUAACAUCGACGUUUGCUGGAGUUUUAAUGGGAGGGGUUCACAGUUUCCAGCUCAGAAGCCCAGAGUUACUGGCUGCUGUAAUCAUUGUUUUCUUUGAUACAUUUUCAGCUGCUGAUUUACACACACACACAC